GGGUGGGCUCCAUAUCGCGGUUGUUGGUGAGAGGAGUGGGUGGGUGGGUUGGUGGGAGUGGGACUUGGCACUUCGGAAAGACAUCUCCCUACGAAAAUGUAAAGGUGUUGCAGAACGUGAGAUGCGAGAUUCCUCUUUUCGGCUGCCUCAACUCACCUAACCUGGCCUCUUGCAUUGUUCUGUCGGUACGUCGCUGCGCCGUGCCUCCCUCUCACGGCUCCGACCUCUUGGUGGCUCCUGUCUGACGGUGGGUUCUGUGUUGCAUUGCCGCUGCUGUCGACUCUACGGCUCCAUCUUCUAAGUUCAGCUCCCUUAUUCAUUGAGAAUAAUUUUCCUAGCAAAUAGAAAAGCGAAGUCAAAGCAAAACUGGGGGCAGGAAAAUGAAGGUAAUCGAGAAGAUCAGGACGGCGGGCGAAGGGAAGGUGGUGUUCUCGUUCGAAUUCUUUCCGCCGAAGACGGAGGAUGGGGUGGAGAAUCUGUUCGAGAGGAUGGAUCGGAUGGUGGCUCACAACCCAACGUUCUGCGACAUCACCUGGGGAGCAGGUGGCUCCACUGCAGAUCUCACCCUAGACAUCGCCAACAGAAUGCAGAACAUGAUCUGCGUGGAGACCAUGAUGCACCUCACCUGCACCAACAUGCCCGUCGAGAAGAUCGAUCACGCCCUCACCACCAUCAAGUCCAAUGGCAUCCAGAAUGUCCUCGCUCUACGCGGCGACCCCCCUCACGGCCAGGACAAGUUUGUUCAGAUCCAAGGAGGCUUUGCCUGCGCUCUCGACCUUGUGAAGCAUAUUCGAGCCAAAUAUGGUGACUAUUUUGGCAUUACUGUGGCUGGUUAUCCAGAGGCACAUCCUGAUGUCAUACAAAGUGAUGGCGUAGCUACUCUGGAAGGCUAUCAGAACGAUCUUUCUUAUUUGAAGAGGAAGGUUGAUGCAGGCGCGGAUCUCAUUGUCACUCAACUAUUCUAUGAUACUGAUAUUUUCCUCAAAUUUGUGAAUGACUGUCGUCAAAUUGGAAUCACUUGUCCCAUUGUUCCUGGGAUUAUGCCCAUUAACAACUACAAGGGCUUCUUACGCAUGACUGGUUUUUGUAAAACUAAGAUACCAUCCGAGAUUACUGCUGCCUUGGAGUCUAUCAAGGAUAAUGAAGAAGCUGUCAAAGCCUAUGGAAUUCACCUUGGAACUGAAAUGUGCAAAAAGAUUUUGGCUUAUGGGAUCAAGACAUUACAUUUGUAUACGCUAAACAUGGAGAAAUCAGCAUUGGCUAUUCUUAUGAAUCUUGGAUUAAUUGAAGAGACCAAAGUAUCAAGGUCCUUGCCAUGGAGACGCCCUACAAAUGCUUUCCGCGCAAAAGAAGACGUACGACCAAUAUUCUGGGCUAAUCGUCCAAAGAGCUACAUAUCAAGGACUGUGGGGUGGGACCAAUACCCACGUGGACGAUGGGGCGAUUCUUGUAAUCCAUCAUAUGGUGCACUGGCUGACUAUCAGUUCAUGCGACCACGUGCUCGUGACAAAAAACUUCAUGAAGAGUGGGCUGUCCCAUUGAAAGGCAUGGAAGAUAUUCAAGAGAGAUUUAUGAAACACUGCCUUGGGAAACUGAGAAGUAGCCCUUGGUCGGAAUUAGAUGGGCUUCAGCCAGAGACAAAGAUCAUAAAUGAACAUUUGGGGAAUAUUAACAUGAAGGGUUUUCUCACCAUCAAUAGCCAGCCUGCAGUUAAUGGGGCAAAAUCUGACUCACCGUCUGUUGGUUGGGGGGGUCCAGGUGGUUAUGUUUACCAGAAAGCCUAUUUGGAAUUUUUUUGUUCCAAAGAAAAGUUGAAUGCACUUGUUGAGAAGUGCAAGGUCCACCCAAAUCUUACCUACAUGGCUGUGAACAAAGAAGAGAAUUGGAUGUCUAACAUAAAUAAAACGGAUGUGAAUGCGGUGACAUGGGGGGUUUUCCCAGCUAAGGAGAUCACCCAACCAACUGUUGUCGAUCCUGCCAGCUUUAUAGUGUGGAAGGAUGAGGCAUUCGAGAUCUGGUCUAAAGGAUGGGCUCAAUUAUAUCCUGAGGGUGAUCCAUCUAGAAAAAUGCUUGAAGAGGUCCAGAACAGCUAUUUCUUGGUCAGCUUGGUAGAUAACGAUUACAUUCAUGGUGAUCUGUUUGCUGUUUUUAAUGAUUUCUGAGAUGAGCAAUUUUACUUGACUCUACUUGUUCUGAUCUCUUGGAGCCACCUGAAGCCAUAAAGGUAUUGGAGUAUAACUUCGUUUAAUAAUGUAAUUCAUUGGGAUUUUGAUAUAUCCAGUGUCAUUAGCAAAUUUUAUUUGAAACAGUUGUUGGUCUGUUGGCCUAAACAUUAAAUUCGAUGGCAAGGAUCAUUUUUUUGUCUACAUAAUAUUUGAUCCAAUAAAUUGGAAGGGAUGUGUUCAAUGUA